CGGCGUCACCGACGGCGCCACCGUCCUGUCCCCCGUUCGUGUGCGCGGCGCCGCGACGGACGGGCUCGCUAUGAGAGAGAGGACUUUGUGCACUCAGGAUGCGGUGCGGCAGUCCUCUCCACUUCUUCUCGACCAUCUUGACCCUGCUCAGCGGCACCACCACGGCCACCGCCAUCACCGGGACAGUCACCGAGCACAGCCUUAGAUACACGAGCACGCUGCCGCCGAUCUUCCUGCGUUUGACAACGGCCAAGGAGCUGUACGACCUGGAGACGGACUACAACCGCAACCUUCCACCAGGAAAAGACACAGAAGUCUCGAUCUCGCUGUUCAUCAACAGGGUGUCCGGUGUCGACGAAAACAGGGAGGAGAUCUCGCUGGACCUGUUCCUGCAGGUGUACUGGGAGGACCCCCGGGUGCACAUCUGCUGCAACCACUCGGUGGCGGAGCUCACAUGGACGCAGCAGCAGCCCAAGUUCUGGGUGCCGGACCUCUACAUCCGCCAGCUCCGGGAGAUGAAGGUCCUCUCGCUGUUCCAGGAGAUGACCUCCGUGCGCCUCUACAGCAACUCAACCAUGCGCGUGUCCAUAGGUGCCACUGUCAUCAUCAAAUGCGACAUGGACUUCGUCCUGUAUCCGCUCGACAUUCAAAAGUGUGCGGUCGACUUCAGCAGCUACAAGUACACCAUGGAGGCCAUGAAGUUCAGGUGGCGGGACGACCCGCCGCUCAGCUUCCCCAGCGACUUCGGAGAUGACGGCUACCGGCUCGCCAAGUACGUCGUCUCGUUCUCCACCGAAAAGAACAUGCAAAUCAUCUUCUACGGAGAAGGAAACCACUCGACGGCGCGAAUGCUCAUCACCAUGAGCAGGGAGAUCCGGUCGCACCUGCUGGAGAGCUACCUGCCCAGCACGCUGUUCGUCAUCAUGUCCUGGGGCAGCUUCGUCGUCAUCCCCGAGAUCGUGCCGGGCCGCAUGGUGCUGCUCGUCACCACACUGCUCUCGCUCGUCACCAUGUUCGACACCGUCAGAAACAACUCGCCCAACGCGCUGGAGCUCAAGUGCAUCGAGGUGUGGCUCAUCUCGUGCACGCUGUUCGUCUUCUUCGCGCUGCUCGAGUACUUCGUGGUGCUGUUCGGCAUCCGGUACGACAAGCACUGGCGCCACAAGAAGCGCGACCUGGAGCGCCAGCAACAGCUGGAGCGCCAGCAGCAGCAACAGCAGCAGCAAAUCCAGCACAUCGCCCAGGUGUGGGCCGGCGACCGCGCCACCGUCAAGCUGCCGCCCCUGCCGCACCACCGGCGCACCGGCAGCAACUCGCCCGCCGCCAACAACAUCGGCAUGUCCUCGCUGCCCAACAACAGCGACGCGGGGCCGUCGCCCGCCGCCUCGUCCACGCCGCGCCUGCUGGGCACCAGCAAGGUGUCCCCCAACGCGGACCUGCCCCGCGCCGGCCGCCUGGACAAGCACGACGCGGGGCUGGCCGCGGAGGACAGCGCGGACUCGGACGGGCCGCGACGGCGCUUCCGCAUGGUGGCGGAGUACGUGAUCCUGUACUGCGGCAGCCAGCGGGGCAUGCUGGACCAGGUGUCCCUCGCCCUGUUCCCCUUCUGCUUCAUCCUCUUCACCACGGUGUACUGGAUCUCGUACGUGAGCGAGUCGCAGCGGCAGAGGAACAACUGACAAAUCACGGGUUCAUUCAACCAAUCAAGGUUUUUUCUAAACUAAUUUUUUAAAGUUAGACCAUGAGCUGUGCAGAGAGCAGCCCACCAGUUUCAUCUUCUCGCGGGCCUUCAUGAGCUGUCUUUUCUGAAUAUUUUGUGCAAGCCAUUUAUAGCCGACUCUGUUUUUGAUAGUGUACCUAUAUUGAUCUUAAUUUUGUGAGGGGAUUAGAAAUAACGAAUAGAAGUUUUGAUGUUAUUAUUGACCAUUUU